UCUGUGUCUCCGUCUGGUUAAGAUCUGUACAUAGAGCCCUCCCCGCCCUUAAAUCUUGUGGUUGCCUGUCUAACUUGAGAGAUGUGAAACCUUUCUGACAUUUCUGAGAACGGCACCUGAGUUACAAGAAGACAGUUUGAAUAUAUGGACUUGCACAUGCUGAAGAACGAACCUUUUGACAUUUUCCACUACACCUAAUGGAAAUUUUGAAACACUGGGCCUUUCCACAAGGACAUACUGUUGUGUUUAUGCUCCUGACAUUGAUCAGCAAAGGAUCAACAUGUGAAGCUCCAUCCAGUCCUGAGUGCUUCAGAAGAAGCUCCGACAGGACCGUGUACACCUGUGAAUGGAGCAUGAACACAAACGAGAGUGGCGUGGAAUAUGACUUUUACUUUGAUGAAACAAAGUUUGAGAGCACUAAGCAGACCACGGCUCGGUUUCCUGAGGAACGACUUAUCAAAUAUGACACUGUGUUCAUUUGGGUGAGAGCUCACAUUGGAAACUCCAGCUGCACGUCACUCAGGAGCCCUGUCAUACUGGCAGACAUAGUGAAGUAUGAAGCCCCCACAGAGAUUUCUGCAACCUGGGUAAAAGGAAACCUUACUCUAUGCUGGAAAGCAGCAGAGAGCAGGUCGGCUUUAGCCGAGAUCCGGUUUCGUCAACAUGGAAAUUCAAAUGCAUUGUGGAACAAUAUCACAAGUUCAGCGAAAACCAAUAACAAGACUUGUACAAGCCAGGUCAAUCUGUUGAGGAACUCUGCCUACAAGAUUCAGAUCAGGCAUAAGUCCAAACAGGUCAAGAGGCCUCUGUGGAGCGACUGGUCUCAAGUUGUGGACGUUCCUGCAGAUCUCCAGGAGGAACCUGAUGUCACCAACAAAACAAAACUCCUCAGUAGCAGUCGAAAAGUGACCCUGCUUUGGAAGUCGAUGCCUCCUGCUGCAGCAGUCACAGGAGUAAACCUGACUGACACCCAGUCCUCUCGUGGAUGUCCCUGUGGGAGAAGAAACCAUCUCAUGAAAAAGAACAAGUACACUAUCUAUGUCCCCCUCUCUGCCGUCAACAUCUCUGUCGUCGCCAUGAACUCAGCGGGGCAUUCUCCUCCGGCAGUCGUACAGUUACCUGCCGUCAUACCUGAAGAUUUACAAGCGUGUAAUGGAACGUUACUGGAUAAUAAAUUAAACAAGACUACUUGCCUUGAAUUCUAUGAGUUUCAAGAUGAAGUUCCAAGGUCAGAAAAUGUGAUCACUUUAACGGGAAGGCAGAAGAAACCAGAAAGAAAAAACAUAAAAGAGAACCUGAAGGACUUUGUUCGUUACCUUUACUGUGAACACAGAUGUCAUAAUGGGAGACCACAGACUGUUAAAAUGUGCCUCUUUUAUAAAAAAGAGGACGCUCCUCUCACAGAACCGAAGGAUCUAAUAACUUUUAGUGAAACACAGAGCUCAACGAACCUGUCUUGGAGGUCGAUACCCCUUACUGACCAGCAAGGUUUCCUCACACACUACAGCCUCUGCAGCCAGAAAAUCAGCUCAGAGGAAGAGCCGAAAGAGUGCCACAAAAUUUCAGCCUCGCUGACACAAUGCCGUCUAGAAAACUUGACUCCUGCCACCAAGUACAUCAUCACUCUGGCUGGAGUGGCACGAGCAGGCGAAGGACCUAAAGCUACAGUCACUGUCAACACACUGCCAGAGAAAUAUUUCAAUGUGUGGUGGAGUCUGGGCUUAAUGCUUUCAUUCUUUUUUAUGUCAACAUCAUGCACCUUUAUUUUGAAGAGAAUCAAAAUCAAGAUCUUCCCACCAGUGCCAAAGCCUGUAAUUGAUUUCACAACUUAUCCAAGAGAGCAUCAGGAACUUCUGGAUGGAAAGGAGGAGGUGUACGAGCUGACGCUGCACAAGCUGCUCCUUGAGGGCAAGUCUAUCUCCGAGGAGGCCGAGGACAGGACUGUCCUGGGAGAAGAGUGGGAUGGUGAUAUGGAUGAAGACAUGGAGAAUGAGAGGGGAGAUUCAAGGAUGUCAGGAGAGAUCAACGAUGAAGAUCCUGACUGUAUAGAUGAGACACUGAGGAGCUCAAAAGACGGAGAGACGACCGAUCUCCAACAGUUAGAAAAUGAGUUCGCCAUGCUGAUCUACAGGAAUGGUUUGGUCUUUGAUGUGAAGACAGACUCCCCUUGAAACAGACAUUACUUAAAGCCAAAUUGCACAAACUUAUCUGGGCUAACAUUUGUGGACUGACACAUGCCUGGUAUGAUAUGGGUUUUCUUUUCCUAAAUGCACUGUCUCUUUGUAUGGUGAAAAAUCCUUCGCAGAAUUUCCUUGUUUUAAUGGAACUUUUGAGGUUUUGAAUUUUGUACAUUUUUUUAAAUAAGGCUGAGCACCUGUAAAUAUGAAAGCAGAAGGGAUUGCUUUUCUUAAAUGGCUUUUAGUUUUUGAAUUGUAAAAAACAAAUCCUGGAGCAAGCUUUUUUCAGUGUCGCAGACCAAGAAACUGACCUUGUUACGUUUACCUUUUACUUAUUUGGUUAUGGUCUUGAAUAUUGGAGGGUUUGUGAUCAAUUCUUCUGUAUUGUGGUGUCUCUCAAGAUCCUUCAGCUUUCAUUAAUUUCCGUUUGUGCAAUACUUGUGUCACCUUUGGAUCAAACACCUUCAAAAUCAUGGUUACCAUCUCCAGCUGUCAUUUAAGUUCAAUGUUACCAUACCUGUUUGUAUAUCAAGUGAUUAUAGGGAUGAACAUUUUCAUUGUUUUCUGGGAAAGCACAAUAAAAACAACAUCAGGAUGUUUCCUUAA